CGCACCUGCUCCCAAACACCUUGAGAGAAAUAAAACGUUCCCACUUUCGGCGCGCUACUGUGUUUCACCGAGAAUCAAAAGAAAACACAACAAUGAUUCAAUGAUUCAAAAACAAAUAGUCAGAAGUGAAAGAAAGUCCUAAAUUGAUUGUUACAAAAGCGUUAAGCGUAAUUAUUCUUAAUUGUAUAUCCUAUAUUAUUGUAAGUAAGCUAGUAAAUCGAUUGUGCUAUGUCUAAUGCUAAAACUAAAUUUACAGCUGCAAAUCGAGAGAACGAAGAUUCUUAAAAAUAACCCCACCUCCAACGAACUAAACAAACGAGACACUAAACGGAUUUUUUAACGUCGUCGUCAUCGCCAUCGCCAUUGUAUUGCGUAUUGAAAUAAACGUUUAAAAAACCGGAAAAUUGUUUCUCUUCCGUUGCGGUUGCAACAUUUUAAAAAAUCCGUUUAGUUCGUGAUCGGGGAAGCUUUAUCGAGGUUGCAAUAAUGCCGAGAAAUAAUCGGGCAAAACCAGGUGUGAGUUGUGCGCUGUGCAAGGAUCUCGACAACAGCCGGAUGGUUAGUUGUGACGAAUGCGGUAAAUGGUUCCAUUUCGUGUGCGUGGGUGUAACUGAGGGAAUCGAAGAAGUUGAUUGGAGCUGUUCAGAGUGUGAGGCGAAACGAGCAGACCAGAUCCCAUCGGUCAUCACUACAGAUCAUGCACAGAGUGAAGCGGAGCCUAGGCCAGUGGAUAACCAGGGGCAAGUUGAGCUACUCAGGGAAUUCCAGAGGAGAAUGGACCAAAUGCAAAGUAGGUUCGAAGAACAACAGCAGGCAUACGAAAAGCUGCUUCGGGAAAAGGACCGCGAAAUGCAGAAUGCGAUUAAGGAUUUGCAGUCCCAGUUCCAGCGUCGUAUGGAGAAAAGAGAACAGCAGAUACGAGAGGAGUUGAGCGUUCCCGUAGUUGUUCAUCCACCGAAUGCAAAUUCGACAACGUUGGGAACUGAGAAUCGUCAGACAGAUGACGUCAGCAAGGCGAUCGAGCAGAUGCAAAGACAACUCGCAGAGAUGGCUAGAAAACAGGAUUCAGAAACGAAGAGUCUUGAGGAGCGAGUGAGGGCGAUGGAAAUCAGCAGCAGCGAACCUGUCCCAGCGAGGAAUGAUGGUUUGAAUGCGGAUGCGGAUCCAUUCAUUCCUAACGGCCUUCAUCUAUCUUCGACAGUGAAUCCUUCUCAUGAACUCAGCAGGAGUCAACUCGCUGCGCGACACGCGGUGGCAAAGGAGUUACCUACAUUCUCGGGCAACCCUGAAGAGUGGCCUUUAUUCAUCGCCACUUAUGAGAGUACCACAAGGAUAUGCGGCUUUAGCGAUGAAGAAAAUUUGCUUCGACUCCAACGCAGUUUGAAAGGCAAAGCUCUUGAGACAGUUCGUAGUCGGUUGUUGUAUCCAGCAGGACUUGAUGGUGUCAUCAAUACGCUUCGUAUGCUGUUUGGCCGUCCUGAAAUCAUCGUUCACUCGUUAGUUUGCAAGAUUCGGGAAAUGCCAGCGCCAAAGGCGGAGAAAUUGGGAACUCUGAUAGAUUUCGGCGUAGCAGUCCAGAACAUGUGCGCAACGAUUGUGGCGUGUGGUUUGAACGAGCAUCUAUGCAACGUGGCACUCCUUCAAGAACUCGUUGAGAGACUGCCACCUACUGUGAAGCUCGACUGGGCAAAGCAUCGUCAAACAAUGUCAGCGGUCACACUAUCGGAUUUCAGUAGCUGGUUGGGCACGCUAGUGGAAGCAGCUUGCGUAGUAACGAUUCCAUCGACGAUCAGUAUGUACGUUGGUAGAACUGAGAAGCGUGUCCGAAAGGAGGAAGUUAAUGUCCACAUUCAGUCCGACUCAAAUCAUUUUCCAAACUCUACGAUGUCCUCCAAAAGUACGUCGAAACCAGCCAGCAAGCAAUGCGUUAUUUGUCACGGAGAAUGCAGCAGUGUAGGGUUGUGCCAAAGGUUUCAAGAAUUGGAUAUCGGGGCGCGAUGGGCAGUGCUGAAACAGAAUAAAUUGUGUCGGAAGUGUCUGUCGAAACAUUUCGGAGCAUGUGCAGUAAAGCAAGCCUGUGGUAGAAACGGAUGUUCAUACAUGCAUCACAGGUUGCUACACGACGAUUCCAGAUACCAGCGAAUGGAGAAUCCUCAGAUAUCGAGUCUACAGGCGGAAGCAAUUACACCUACCGAGAAUUGUAAUUUUCACAUUAACGAUGUUAGCAAGAUUCUCUUCCGAUACGUGCCGGUGCUACUUCACGGACGAGGGAAGAUUGUACGCACAUUCGCCUUUUUGGACGACGGUUCGUCAGUGACGCUGAUGGAACAUAGUUUGCUGAAGGAGCUAGACAUUCAAGGUGAAUCAUAUCCCUUGUGUCUGGGCUGGACAGGGGAUUAUCAACGUCAGGAAAUGAAUUCUGUGAAGUUAGCGGUAGAUAUUUCCGGAGUGCACGACAUGAGAACAUAUUGGAUACCGAAAGUGCACACCGUGGACAGUCUCGCUCUACCCCAGCAAACUCUCGCGAUGGAGGAAUUAGCGCGACAUUUUCAUCAUUUGACGGCCUUGCCGGCUGAUUCCUAUCGCAAUGUUCGACCACGGAUACUUAUAGGAAUGGAUAAUUGCCGCUUGGGCCACGCGCUCGACAGCAGAGAAGGAAGAAAGGACGAACCAAUCGCUGCCAAAACACGCCUGGGGUGGAUAGUAUUCGGGCCUUGCUCUAUAGAAUCCCAAACAACGACUAGUUUAGUCGCACACCACAGUCUUCAUGUGUGUCCAUGUACCGAACAGAGCGACGCAGAGCUACACAACGCAGUAAAAGCGUACUUUUCGUUAGACAGCAUCGCAAUAAGUUCCGUCAAACCACUGAUGUCGAAGGACGACAAGCGAGCCGAGAAAUUGUUGAAAUCUCUGACUAAUGUGAACAAGGGGCGCUAUGAAACUGGAUUACUCUGGCGGUAUGAUGAUGUUCGAAUGCCAGACAGCAAAUCAAUGGCAAUGAAGCGGCUGAUAUGUCUGGAAAAGCGAAUGCAACGGGACCCUGAUCUAGCUGAAGCUCUGAAGGAGAAACUUAGGGAUUACGAGCGAUCUGGGUACAUCGUAAAACUGACGGAGAACCAACUAGCCGAGAGAUUCGAACGCGUGUGGUACCUUCCAAUAUUCCCUGUUGUCAAUCCCAAUAAGCCGGGAAAGUUGCGCAUAGUGUGGGAUGCAGCCGCAAAGGUGGCGGGUGUUUCGCUGAACUCGUUCCUGCUAACUGGACCAGAUCAACUUACUUCUCUUCUAUCCGUUUUACAACGCUUCCGAGAAUUUCGCAUUGCCAUAACGGGCGACAUUCGAGAGAUGUUUCUUCAGGUGUUGAUGAACUGGCGCGAUCAACAGUGUUUGAGGUUUCUAUGGCGGAACGGAGAAUCAAAUCGUAGCCCAGAUGUCUAUGUCACAAAGGUAAUGACUUUCGGGGCAACCUGCUCACCCAGCUGUGCACAAUAUGUGAAGAACCACAAUGCGCAACGAUUUCAGGAUAAGUUCCCGAGGGCAGCGGAGGCGAUAAUUAGAGAGCAUUACGUGGAUGAUAUGCUGUCCAGUGUGGAGACAGAAGAUGAGGCGAUUAAGCUAGCUGUAGAUGUCCGAUUCAUUCACGCAGAGGCAGGUUUCGAAAUAAGGAAUUGGCUGUCAAAUUCGAAUCGAGUACUGCAGGAGCUGAAGGCAAAUCCAGGAGAGAAGAGCUUGAAUCUGUUGAGCGAAAUGGGAACCGAGAAAGUUCUGGGAUUGUGGUGGUGCACCGCAGCCGACACCUUCACCUUCAAAGUGUCUUCGAGGAUAAAUGUCGAUCUACUGCAAGGUCAUAUUGUGCCAACCAAAAGGCAGAUUUUGAGUACGCUGAUGACGAUCUACGACCCACUUGGACUACUUGCGAAUUUCCUUAUGUUCCUGAAAAUCCUGCUCCAGGAAAUUUGGCGUAGUGGCAUAAAUUGGGACGAACCCAUUAAGAGCGAACAGUGGGAGAAAUGGCAAAUAUGGUUGCAAGUUCUUCCGCAAGUGGAAUCCGUCAGUGUACCCAGGUGUUACCGAAUAAAAACGAGUACAGGCGGUCAAAACGAAAUUCAACUCCAUGUGUUCGUAGAUGCAUCCGAAAACGGAUAUGCCGCAGUUGCCUACCUCCGGUUCGAAGAAGAUGGCGAAGUGGAAUGUGCGCUCGUCGGCGCGAAAACAAGAGUAGCUCCGUUGCGAUUCGUGUCGAUUCCCAGACUUGAACUUCAGGCAGCAGUUAUCGGUGCCCGUUUGGCGAAAGGUAUCAUGAUGUCUCACCAGCUUAAACCAACAAAACAGUUUUUCUGGACGGAUGCGCGUGACGUUCUUUGCUGGUUGAAUUCCGAUCACCGGAGAUACAAUCAAUUCGUCGCAGUGCGGAUCAGUGAAAUUCUAGAGUUGACCGAGGUUAACGAAUGGAAUUGGAUUCCGACGAAACUGAAUGUUGCUGACGAUGCGACGAAAUGGCAGAAACUCCCGGAUUUUUCUCCUGCUAGUCGUUGGUUCCGUGGUCCACAAUUCUUGUGGGAGGCAAAGGAAGAGUGGCCUGUUGCAGUAUCGAGCUUCGAUUACACCGCAGAAGAGAAGCGACCCAAUGUGCUACAUCAUUCCGUCAAGCGUGUCCUGUUUAGGUGGGAAGAUUUCCCUAAAUGGAAGCGGCUGCUGCGUCAUGUUGCAUUCGUACAGCGGUAUCCAUCGAAUCUGCGCAAGAAAUUAUCGAAGGAGCCCAUCGUCACCGGCCCAUUGACACAAGAAGAGCUUCGAAAAGCAGAGUUGUUAAUUCUCAAACUGGUUCAGAAUGCUGAAUUCGUUGCAGAGAUAGCUGCAUUACAGAAACCGAAGCUCGCACCAUGGAAGAACGCAUUGCCCAAGAGUAGCUCGCUGUAUGGGCUCAGUCCGUUUCUGGAUGAAGAGGGGCUGCUGCGAAUGAAAGGACGUAUAGAUGCUUGUGAAGACGUCGAUGAUUAUUUUACGUGCCUCAGCUACGGUCGGCCUACAAACGCGUACGAGCACGGUGUCAGCACUGCAAGAAUCGCCAGGCGAAGCCAGUUGCUCCAGAAACCCGCACGCCUGAAGGCUUUCUGUCGUCCAUUUUCCUACGUUGGCAUCGACUACUUCGGUCCAAUACAUGUAGUUGUUGGCCGGAGGACCGAGAAACGAUGGGGAGUGCUGAUCACAUGCCUAACGGUGCGAGCGAUACAUCUUGAAGUUGCUCACAGCCUCACAACCGACUCAUGCAUUCUCGCCAUCAGAAACUUCAUCGCCAGGAGAGGUACCCCUCUGGAGAUAGUAAGCGAUCGCGGUACGAACUUCAUCGGAGCAAGUCGAGAAUUGAAAGAAGCGUUACAAAAAAUGGACCACGAAAAGCUGAUAGAGCACUUCGUCACCACUGAUACGAAAUGGUCUUUCAACCCUCCUGCAUCUCCACAUUUCGGAGGAGCCUGGGAACGCCUUGUUCAAUCCGUGAAGAAAACCCUGAAGCAACUCCAAGUCACACGCACACCCACCGAUGAACUAUUGAAGAACAUGCUCUCAGAGAUCGAACUAAUCAUCAACUCACGACCUCUAACGGAAUUGCCAUUAGAUGACGAGCUUUCCCAAGCUCUCACUCCGAAUCAUUUUCUGAUCGGGUCAUCAGAUGGUUCAAAGCCCCCGUUCACGUUUGACGACAGCAGUUACGCUCUGAAACACCUGGAAAUCCUCCCAAGUCUACGCAAACCGGUUUUGGCGUCGCUGGGUAGCUGA